GGAGCUUUAGGAGGUGGCCAAGGAGCUUUAGGAGGUGGCCAAGGAGCUGAAUGUGGUAGCCAAGGAGCUGCCGGAGGUGGCCAAGGAGCUUUAGGAGGUGGCCAAGGAGCUGAAUGUGGUAGCCAAGGAGCUUUAGGAGGUGGCCAAGGAGCUGAAUGUGGUAGCCAAGGAGCUUUAGGAGGUGGCCAAGGAGCUUUAGGAGGUGGCCAAGGAGCUGCCGGAGGUGGCCGUGCCGUUGCCACUCCCAAACCCCUCCAUGGGAAGUGCCUGGCCGGCCCCGGGCGCUGGCCGGUCCCUGCUGUCCGUCCGUCCGGCACUGUCUGUCUGUCCUGGCAGCUCCAGCCCCCCCCGUGCUGCUCCUGCUGCCCUGGCGCCGCUUCCAGGACGGGCCCCUCCUCACAGUGACCACGGUGGCCACGGUGGCAACGAUGGCCACAGUGACCGUGGUCACCUUGGUAUCCACAGUGGCCACCGUGGCUUCGUGGGUCAUGGUGGCCACGGUGGCCACGGUGCUUCCAAUGCCCAGAGUGGCCAUAGGGACCAAAGUGACCAUAGUGGCCACAGUGGCCUUGGUGGCCAAAGUGACCAUAGUGGCCACAGUGGCCUUGGUGGCCAAAGUGACCAUAGUGGCCACAGUGGCCUUGGUGGCCAAAGUGACCAUAGUGGCCACAGUGGCCUUGGUGGCCAAAGUGACCAUAGUGGCCACAGUGGCCUUGGUGGCCAAAGUGACCAUAGUGGCCACAGUGGCCUUGGUGGCCAAAGUGACCAUAGUGGCCACAGUGGCCUUGGUGGCCAAAGUGACCAUAGUGGCCACAGUGGCCUUGGUGGCCAAAGUGACCAUAGUGGCCACAGUGGCCUUGGUGGCCAAAGUGACCAUAGUGGCCACAGUGGCCUUGGUGGCCAAAGUGACCAUAGUGGCCACAGUGGCCUUGGUGGCCAAAGUGACCAUAGUGGCCACAGUGGCCUUGGUGGCCAAAGUGACCAUAGUGGCCACAGUGGCCUUGGUGGCCAAAGUGACCAUAGUGGCCACAGUGGCCUUGGUGGCCAAAGUGACCAUAGUGGCCGCAGUGGCCUUGGUGGCCUCAUCUCUCUGGGGGUCCUGGUGGCCUUCAUGAUCCUGGUGGCCACAGUGGCCUCAAAGGUCACUGUGGUCUUGGUGGCCUCAUGGCUCAGAGGCUUCUGGUCACCACUGCCAUGGCCA